GGGCCGAGGGGCAGUUUCUGUGGGAGACACUGGUUUGGGGUCAGCUGACUUCAGCCGGCGCCGGAUCCGUUUUAUCGCGGAAAGUCACCGUUGCUGAAGUGGGCGCUCUGUGGCUCACGCCUUGUAAUCCUCGUUACUUACCAGGCUCAGGUCCCAAGGAUCGUGGCUCCAAACACUGAGUCUCCAUCUCCAAUUAAGUAGCGAGAAGCCGACCUAGAGGUGUGUCUCGUGGUAGACCACUGGCCGAGCCAGCAAGUCAAACAAGCACGGGGCCUGGAAUUCAGGUCCAAAGAAGUCCACAUUGAGCAUUCCUAGUCUGAAAACUUGACAUGCUGCCAUCCAGCCUCAGAAACUUGCUGGACACUACAUGACAUCACAAGGAGAACACUACAUGCUUCCCAUCUAGUUAUUUAAGAUAUUCUGUAAAAUCAAUCUUCAGGCUACAGGUAUCAAAGAGCACUCCAGAUAUGGUGAAGGGCACAGAACCUGGAAUUAAACUGGACACCUGACUUCUGGCAUCAUUCAUAACCAGCAUUGUGAUCUGCAAUCCUGAUUGCUCUUCCAUUUGGUCAUUUGUUGUAGAACCUUCAACAUGCAGACCUCUAGCUCUAAGUCUGUGCAUCUGAGUGAAUGGCAGAAGAAUUACUUCAUAGUUACAUCCGGCACUUGUACACCAGAAGAAAAGGCAGAUGCAUACCGUGCACAGGUGCUGCGCAUUCAGUAUGCCUGGGCAAACUCGGAGAUCUCCCAGGUCUGUGCUACCAAACUGUUCAAAAGGUAUGCUGAGAAGUAUUCUGCAAUUAUUGAUUCUGACAAUGCUGAAACGGGCCUGAAUAACUAUGCAGAAAACAUCUUAGCUUUGGCAAGCUCUCAGCAGACUGACAGUGAGAAGUGGCAAUCUGGAUUGUCAGUAAGUACUGUUUUCAACAUGGCAAGUGUACAGAAGAUGAUGCAGGCAGGCAAGAAAAUGAAGGACUCUCUUGUGGACUCUGCUGAGGCCUCAGUGGUGCUCCAUAAGGAGGCUGCUGUCUUUGAUCUUCCCAAGCUUAGUGUUGGUAGUGGUUCUGGAGAAGGUGACUUGUUACCCAGCCUAAAUCAGGACAGAGAUUGGGCCAAAGACAGUGCAGGGAGCAACCUUGGCUGUAUCCAGCCUCAGAGUGCCUUGCUGUCCAACACCACUAAGACUUGCCCUACCUCCUCUGCGUCUUUAGGUGAGUCAGCCACUGCAAAAUUCCACACCACACCAUUAUUCAGAAACUCCCAAAGGGAAAAUCAUAGCUCUUCUAAAGCCAAUAUGGGACUAAAUAUGUUCUUACCUAAUCAGUCUGUCUAUGCUUCUGGUACCAUCAAUGCCUUCUCAAAUCCACCACUGAAUAAGGCUUUUAGUAAAACAGAAGAUAAUGGCCAGCAGGAGGAUGGCAGCUUGUCUACCUUCAAAACUGCUAAAGAACAAUUAUGGAUUGAUCAGCAAAAAAAGUCUCACCAGUCCCAGCGUGCAUCUGGGUCUUCAUAUGGUGGGGUAAAAAAGUCUCUGGGAGCAGGGAGGUCUCGAGGGAUUUUUGGAAAGUUUGUUCCCCCUGUGCCUAAGCCAGAUGCUGGAGAGCAGAAUGGAGGGAUGCAGUACAAGCCCAGUGGGGCAGGACCUAUGGAGCCAAUACAUCCUGUGGAUGAGCGUUUGAAGAACUUGGAGCCAAAGAUGAUUGAACUUAUCAUGAGUGAGAUUAUGGAUCGUGGUCCUCCAGUACAUUGGGAAGACAUUGCAGGAGUAGAAUUUGCCAAAGCAACAAUUAAGGAAAUAGUUGUAUGGCCCAUGAUGAGGCCAGACAUCUUCACUGGGUUGCGUGGACCCCCGAAAGGAAUUCUUCUCUUUGGUCCUCCUGGGACUGGUAAAACUCUGAUUGGUAAGUGCAUUGCUAGUCAGUCUGGAGCAACAUUCUUUAGCAUCUCUGCUUCAUCCUUGACUUCUAAAUGGGUAGGUGAGGGGGAGAAAAUGGUCCGAGCGUUGUUUGCUGUUGCUAGGUGUCAGCAACCAGCUGUGAUAUUUAUUGAUGAAAUUGAUUCCCUGUUAUCGCAGCGAGGAGAUGGUGAACACGAAUCUUCCAGAAGGAUAAAAACAGAAUUUUUAGUUCAGCUAGAUGGAGCAACCACAUCUUCUGAAGAUCGAAUCCUAGUGGUGGGAGCAACCAAUCGGCCACAAGAAAUUGAUGAGGCUGCCCGGAGAAGACUAGUGAAGAGGCUUUACAUUCCCUUACCGGAAGCUUCAGCCAGGAAACAGAUAGUAACCAGUUUGAUGUCCAAGGAGCCGUGUCACCUCAGUGAGGAUGAAGUUGAGCAGGUGGUCCAUCAGUCAGAAGGCUUCUCCGGAGCAGACAUGACCCAGCUUUGCCGGGAGGCUUCACUAGGACCUAUUCGCAGUUUACACAUGGCUGACAUUGCGACCAUAACACCAGAUCAAGUUCGACCCAUAGCUUAUAUUGAUUUUGAAAAUGCUUUUAGAACUGUGCGCCCUAGUGUGUCUCCAAAAGAUCUAGAGCUUUAUGAGAACUGGAACAAAACAUUUGGUUGUGGAAAGUAA